AUGAUUCUCCUCGGCUAUCUCUGGCUUACGCUUGGGUUGAUCGUUUUGCUCACCCAAGCGGUUGAAACAACUACAGCAGAUGAGUCCACCGCCACGACCGCCAGUCUCCUUAAGAUCUGGGAUCUUGAUAGUGGCUGCGAUAAUGAGAUUCAGUAUGUUGAAGACUCAAUGAGUAUUGCUCUGGACAUCGUUACUGCUGCCCACGACGCUCUUGAAUUCGUUGCUGGCCCAAUGCCGGAUGAGAAAACACACAAAGAACGCUUAAACAGAUGGAAAUCUAUUUACAAGUGUUGCAUGGGAUUCUUAGGCUUCAAGCCUGCUAAACAGACUAAUUACCUCCGAGAAGUCACAGCUCUCUUUGCGAAGAUGAAACGAACCAUUCCUGCAGACCAGGGGGACCCAGCCCACGGAUAUGUCUACGGGCUAAGAGAUCUUCCUAACGCCAAGCCAAAAUUGAUGUGUGGUGAGAAUGCAGGAGAAGAGAAGUGGAAAUGGUACAGCGUCACCGAUAUCUUGCCCGGUGAGCGUGUACCCAUUUCUGAUAUGGAGCAAUAUCGGAAAAUCGCCUUUGAAUAUCCAGGAUUAUGGGCGUUUGACCAUCGUCUUAUAUGGGCCGAUAACGAAGACGAGAAGCCAAUCCUCUGCCAGGAUGGUUGGCUCGGUGCCGUUGCCUGGGACAAAGAUAUUGUAGUCUUCUGCGAUGAGAUGUUUCAGGCUCAAGCGAAGGCCACAAAAUCGCCCCGGGAAUGGAAGAGAUCAGGCAUUGUAGCAGGUGCCAAAUUGAAUGACUAUCAUCAGAAUCACUUAUCCGUCAUCAUGGUUCAUGAGAUUUGUCAUUGGUUUGGUGGUGCAGUGAGGGAUGCGAAGGGCAUCCCAGGGCCUAUUGUCGAUGACCAAACUGCGAUAGAUGGAAGCGGUCGGCCGAUUUAUAGGAUAAAUCACAGAAACAGGGUUUUAGAAGUCGAGCCAAGCCGCAUUGAGGCCGAAACAAAGGGUUACGAGCGUGUUAUGACAUUAUUGACUGCUUGGUGCUCAGACGGUAGCAACAUGGUUUUUAACCUUGCAAGGUGCGAAGACAAGGUAAACAAAAAUUACUGCGGCCCCGAAAAAGCUCUAAAGAAUGCCGAUUCACUGGCAUUAUUUGCUCUGGCGAUGUAUUACGACCAAUGGGAUUGCCCUCGAGACCCCAACGCUGAAGAAAAGGAGCGUGAACGGAAUGAGCGUUGGGAGGCUCGUGUUAAGGAACUCACUCUGCUUCCCACUCCCAGACCUCGAGCCCUAACGCCGGAUUUAUACCUUCUAUCCAGCUCUAUUACCUCCACUGCUUCUGCCUCCGGUCCGAGGCCCAGGUAUCAAGAGACUUGCUUCUGGUUUCGAGUUCCACCAAAUAUCCGGAGGGACAUUCUUAGACUAGCAUUCGGAGAUACCCGCAUUCAUAUAAAUCUGGAGUACAACCAUCCGCAUAUUGCCCAUCCAGAGAGUUCCAAUCUUCACUGUGGGAUCGUCGUCGGCCCCGGAGAUUAUCCAGGUGAAGAGACUAGGGUUCUUGAUGAAACUAAGCCAGCGACAUGGCAAUGGUGGAGUUCGAGAUGUCACCGCUCCUAUCCUGACGAGAUAAAGGGCCAAGGCCCUAUGACCCGAGGGGGGGCUUUAGGGCCAUGGGUUGACUGUUGUCGCAACGGAGGCGACUCUAGGAUUUGCGAGGCAUGGAAAGAACAGGAAGGGCCUUUAGCCUGUCACGUUGGUGUAAUGGGCUGGCUUCUUUCUUGCAGUCAGAAUUACUUGGAGACAGUUGAUAUCCUGUACUCCACGAACACUCUGAUACUACAAGGUUCAAGUAUGAUCAACCGUCUUCCACAGAUAUUACUCCCUCAGCGUCUUGCCACAGUGACUUCUCUCGAAGUUAUCUGGCCUUUCAAGACCAAGUGCACUCCCCACAAAGAAUAUGAUGAUCUGGAUCAGGAUCAUCUCAGAUCUGUGUUGGAUCUACUGUUGCCAUCCCAGUUUCCUGUAUUGCGACGGCUCUACAUCUGGUUUAACGACGGCCAAGAAUGCUUCCUCGGGAUUGCUGGCCUUGAGACAUAUAAAGAGAUAAUUCUUCGACAAUUGGAUUCAUUCAUUCAGCGCAUGACUCACCUCACGGAGUGCGCUUUUGCACUUCCGGACUACUUCUUUCGAACGCUGCACCAUGAAGCUACAGAAACUCUUGAAAAUAGCGAUGGCAUAAGUUCCUAUUAUAAUAGACGGUCUUACCAGCAGGUCUGGCGAGACUUCAAUGGAAACAUGGCGGCUGUGGUGUUGCCAUAUGUCGACAGCUAUCCCAGGCCUCCAUACCAGGUCGUCCAAGAAGAUGAGCAAGUCGCUGGGUAUUGGAUUCUCGAAGCUUCGGAUGAUGAGAUAAUGGAUAGUCAAGAUGAGCCCGUCAACUGGUGUGGGUCGUCAUCGUGGUAUAAUGUCCCAGUUACUACCCCGUAG